GGAGAUGGGAAUGCAGGUCAAGAGCUUAAAGACUUGUUUUGGGCUGCUGCAAGAUCAACAACUAAGUCUUAUUGGAUGAAGAAUAUGGACACCAUUCAUGCUAAAAGCACUAAAGCAUGGAAUUUUUUAAAGGGCAAGCCUACUGAACAAUAGAAUAGGUCACACUUUGGAAAGGACUGCAAGUGUGAUCUUUUACUAAACAAUCAUUGUGAGAGCUUGAAUUCAAAAAAAUUUCCUGCCAGGAAGAUGCUAAUUUUAGGACUCUUGGAAGAUUUGAGACUAAAUUUCAUGAUCAGAUUGGCAAAUAGGAGGUGUACAUGGCUUAGAUGGAAAAAUAAGGUCGGGCCUAGAAUUGCAAAACUUUUAAAGAAGAAUGCCGACUUAAGCCAUGAGUAUAGACCAAGGGAGUCUUCGACCAAUAGGUUUCAAAUUUCAGGAAGAGGAGUACAAUGUCAAUCAGGUGUUAUAAGCACACAUGAUGUUGAUCUCGGUAAGAGGCCUUGUACUUGUAGAAGAUGGAAUAUUAGUGAACUUCCAUGUCCUCAUGCAAUUUGUGCAAUCUAUUCAAAGAGUUUGAAGCCAGAUGACUUUGUAGAUGUGGCCUAUUUGCAAAAAAAUACAUGCUUGCAUAUGGUCUAGCCAUAAACCCAAUUCCUGGUGUUGAAGAAUGUGAGGUUAUUGAAAAGCCAAUCCUGCCACCAGCAUACAUAAGAGGACCUGGAAGGCUGCCUAAACUCUCAAGAAACAUAGAACCAGAUGAGCAACAUCGACCACCUCCUGGAACUACUAGACCAGCUCUUGGAAUAGAAAAGUUACCAAUGACUUACUAUCAAGAAAUUACAUGUGGAAGAUGUAACAAGAAAGGGCAUAAUAGCAGAAGCUGUGAAAGAAGAGAAGCACAGUCCCAAACAAAAGUGGAAUCAUCAUCUUCUCAAAACCAAGGAAAUGGUGUGCAUGUUGAACGGACUUCAAAUGCUGACAAUGUUCAACCGAAUACCUGUGUGAGAACUCAACGCAACAAAGCACCCACAUCAAAUGAAAAAUCUCACUACAAGCCAAAUUGGAAGCCGUGAAGUCGUGAACCUAAAUUAUUAUAUUUUCUGCUAUUGUAAUUUAAGGUU